CUUCUCGUUGUUUUUUGUAUUUAUCCAUUCAUUGCUACUGUUUCCAUAUGCGUAUAAUUCACGCGGUGCUCGUAUGCCUGGCUCUGGUUGUCGUGCCAGCCAAUGCAGCUUUCUACAUCCCGACAACAUCAAUCGACAACACCCAAGCGUACUAUUCGCAAAUGAGCGUCAACUGGGAUAGCGUGCGCUCUAGUCUAUCGUCCCAGAUCGACGCAUACGCCGAGGACAAGAACUAUGGCGUGUAUGUUCUAAUGACGUCUAUAUACGGAGCGAUAAUCCCAUCGACAUACGACCAGGGGUACAUGCAGUCGCUCAUGCAAAAGUUUCAGGACCUUGGGCCGCGCACGUGGGGGGAUGUGGAGCUGCAGAGUAUCUCGUCAACGUACCAGAUUGCACACAAUUCUGCGUAUGUCAUUAACCAGGGCUCGCCAGUGUCGGCCAUCAGCUCGUGGUGGUUGGCGGCGGUGGUUGCUGGUGUUGUUGCUGCACUGAUGGUUGUAUAAACUUGACCACUGAGGGGGAUGCUCAGCCGUAGUUCUACUAUUUGGUCCUGGUUUGUCUUCCAGUUUAGUGAAUAGAGAGGGUGCGCUAUUCGCAGCGUUCCGAAAUGUAAAAAAAGGAUAGUAUCCGGAUUCAGCUGGGAUGCGUGCAAUAAAACCGG